AUGGAAGUGAAUCUGCUGCAGGAAACUGAGGAGGAGAAAUUGCAACUAGCACAGAAAUUGUUAGGCCUGUGUACUAGUGUUUUGAAGGCUGCUGGAAUAACAAAACCAUCAACCCACAUAAACCCAUCCGUUGCUGAAGAGGCACUCGAGCAAAUCAAGAACAGGGUUACUUCGAUGGAUAGAGAAUUGCAGGAUUUGAAGUAUAAGAACAAAAUAAGCAGUGAAAGAAUUCGACUGUCAGAGCUCAUAGCUUCACCAAUAAGCUCAAAGACGGAUGAGAAUCGUCAAACUCCGAAAAGAAUGUCCCAAGCUCCAUAUUUUUCUCCCUUAGAUAGAUGA